ACCUAGGUAACGAUGGCUGAUCCUUGUCAAGAAUGCAUGGACUAUGCAGUUACUUUAGCAAGAAAAGCUGGAGAGAUAAUCCGUGAGGCACUGAAGGAGGAAAUAGCUGUCAUGGUUAAAAGCUCUCCUGCAGAUCUAGUGACAGUCACCGAUCAGAAAGUGGAAAACAUGAUUAUUUCUUCUAUAAAAGAAAAAUAUCCUUCUCACAGUUUUAUUGGCGAAGAAUCUGUUGCAGCUGGUGCAGGAAGUAUUUUAACUGAUAAGCCCACUUGGAUUAUUGACCCUAUUGAUGGAACUACUAACUUUGUUCACAGAUUUCCCUUUGUAGCAGUUUCCAUUGGCUUUGUAGUAAAUAAAAAGAUGGAAUUUGGAGUUGUGUUUAGCUGUGUGGAAGACAAGAUGUACACUGCUAGGAAAGGGAAAGGUGCAUUUUGCAAUGGGCAGAAGCUCCAUGUAUCACGACAACAAGAUAUUACAAAAGCACUCAUAGUGACCGAAUUGGGAUCCAGCCGUGAACCGGAGGUUUUAAAAACUGUUCUUUCUAAUAUGCAAAGGCUUCUCAGCAUUGGUAUACAUGGGAUUAGAGCAGUUGGGACAGCAGCUGUAAAUAUGUGUCUGGUGGCAACAGGAGGAGCAGAUGCCUAUUAUGAGAUGGGGAUUCAUUGCUGGGAUAUGGCAGGAGCUGGAAUCAUUAUUACUGAAGCUGGUGGAGUUCUGCUUGACAUCUCAGGCGGACCAUUUGAUCUGAUGUCAAGAAGAAUAAUUGCAGCAAACAGCCAAGUUCUAGCAGAGAGGAUAGCCAGAGAGAUUCAGAUUAUCCCUUUGCAAAGGGAUGAUGCAACAAAUUAAAUGUCAUCCUUUCACCCUACCUUUGAUAGGCAGUUGGUCUGUGUCCAUAAAAAUAC